CCAUGAAGUUCUUCUAGUGUGCAUGGAUUGGCUAUAAGGAUUACACAGUACAUUGCAUAAAAACAAGAAAGGAAACAAUUGUAGACAAAAGCCUAACAAAGAAUUUCUUUGUAAUUCAAUAAGGGUCUUAAUAGAAAACAAUUACGUUAUAUAACGCAGGAAAUUGAUUCAGGGCACUUCUACUUAAAUAGAAGUUAAUCAAGUCCAUCGUCAAACCAGCGCCUUUGCGAUGUACUUCACACUGCUGUUUUUCUUUCUCUCUGUCUUUGGACGAGUAUCCACCAAAGCUCUCGAUGGCAAAGAAGAUAUCAGUCUSCCAUCAGACCAGGCAAAUGACUUCAUGACGCCCCUCAGCAGAGCAAAACGAGGUCUAUACCAUGAGUGCUACGAGGAGUCUCCUUGUGAUUUCGAGGAAGUUGAAGAGGUCUUAGGUCGAACUGAGCGGGCGUACGAGUAUUACUACACCUUUACAUGUCGCAAAUAUGGCAGGAACUGCAAAGUCAGAUGUCAAUACCGCCGAGAUUGCUCGUUCGGCUCAUGGGGAAGCUGGGCCGGUAAUGGGAACUCUGAAUGCUACACCCAAAGGCGUUCUAAGCCUUACAGGUAUUCUAUCCAAACAACAUUUAGAAGAUGGAACUGUAAUGGACUAAAUACCAAGUGCCCAGUCAACCCUACUGAAAGCCGGCAGUACUGUGUUUGUAAGAAAGCCCUGUGCUCUCRGGGYCAGUGGACAUCAUGGUCUGGCGACAUCCGUCAGGGGGAGUGUGGAGAACAGAGAAGAAAGCGGCCAUAUACGGUUUCUUGGACAACUGAACAGCAAAUCGGCUCUUGUAGCAACGUUCCUAAAAAGUGCGGAUCACCAAUCACUGACAUAAGAAAGAGAUGUAGUUGUAAGAAAGCUGUUUGUUCUCUUGGAAACUGGGGCAAGUGGUCAGGCUCUGUAUCUCAAGGAAAUUGUGGAAGUCAGACAAGAACUCGUUCUUAUGAUAAAACAUUUGUUUAUGAUGAGCGAAGUGAUUGUUCUGGAGUCUCUCAAGACUGUCCUGCACCACUCACAGAAAACAGAAAACAUUGUAGCUGUAAGUAUGUAACAUGCAGGCUUGGUGAAUGGUCCGAUUGGGWCCCAAAGAACCUCGAGARSGGCUCUUGCGGUCAGAAGCAGACUCGUAAAAAAACCUAUCAAACGUCWCUGGCUUAUCAAGAUCACGUGGGUGAUUGUCCGCCACUUCCUCAGAAAUGUCCUGAUGACGUAGUGGAAAAAAGAGAACAAUGUAUGUGUGCUUAUCGCGACUCGUGCACCUUAAAGGAAUGGAGUAAAUGGAGUGAGGAUGUCACAGAAGAAGGAUGUAAAAUYCAAACCCGAACAAGAGCUUAUGUAUCUCCACUGAAGUACGCACAGGGUGAUAGCUGUAAGGAYAUGAACACAAAWUGUAUUGAAGAACCAAAGGAGACAAGAACAUUUUGUAAAUGCAAAUAUGUCAAGUGUGAGCUUGGGGACUGGAGCGAGUGGAGUAAACUUGACAUCAGUGCAGGUUCAUGCGGAGAGCAAAGUAGAACCCAGUCCUACAAAGCAGAGAAURCAUUCGUUGAUAGAGUUGGUAAUUGUAAUGGUCUCGCAACAGUCUGUCCGGCCGACAACCAAGAAAAACGAUCUAUGUGCRAAUGUAAAACAGUAACUUGUGAGGUUGGGGACUGGGGACCAUGGACUGGUAAAAUCCCAAUAGACACGUGUUCAUCACAGGAACGUAAAAAAGUCAUUACAAGCACCAGCAAUCUUCAAUACCAAGAGAAUACUUGUGAUGGACUGACAACUUCGUGUAGUGCAACACCAAAGGAAUCGAGAAAAAUGUGUAACUGUUCUUAYCGAGAGGAUUGUACUCUUAAGGAGUGGGGAGCGUGGAGCGGGGACCUUCCUGAGGUUGGUUGUGUAGCUCAGACCAGAUCACGUGCGUACAACAAAAGUGUCAUUUAUAUUGAACGUGAUUCGUGCAGUGGGUUGGCCCCAUGCCAGGUGGAGAGAGAUCAAACAAGAACCAAAUGUAACUGUAACGAAGUGGUGUGUAAAUGGACGGACUGGUUUUCAAAAGGCUACAAUUCACAAACCAAAUGUUACGAUUUAAUACGCGUGAAGAAUGUGACAGCUGGAAUCAAGAAGAUCGAGAAGUCAGACAACUGUGAUGGUCUCAAAACUUUGUGCUYAAACAAAGACGUCGAGAGUAGACAAGUGAAUUGUAAAUCUGGAGGUGGUGGUCACGGGGUCGUCACCAGUUCUCCUCCAGUCACAGAAGAGACAACGGUAGCUCCAACUUCAGCACCUAAAGCAACAUUCGUGUAUCUUGGUUGUUUUGCGGAUGAAGUAGACGAUCGAGCGUUUGCUAAAUUGUACUUUAAUGCCCGAGGAAAAAUUGAUUGGUAUAACAUGGGAGAAACAGUCCAGCGGUGCGCGGAAGAGGCUAAGAAAAUCAGGUAUGAGUAUUUUGCAGUUCAGUUCUAUGGUGARUGUUGGGGAGGAAAAAAAGWUGGCAAAACUUUUGCAAGUUAUGGGAAAUCGGAUAAYUGUUGGARCRGAGUAGGAAAGACUGAUACUAACGCAGUGUACCGAUUAGAAGAUAUACCAGCCUGUUCKAACGAACUGGACUUCAAUUCUAAAGUAAGCAAUGGUAAAGUGUCCGRGGAGAUCUGGUGCGUCGACGAUUCCAACGAGAAAAAUCACUGGAUAGAGGUCGACUUAAAAAGCUCUAAGAAGAUUACUGGUAUCGGCACUCAAGGAGGAACCGAAGACAGUUGGGUAACAUUAUACGAACUUGAAUACAGUGAGGACGGUGAAUCCUGGAAGCCUUACAAAGAACCGCACAAAGUAGCUAAGGUGUUUACAGGAAACUCGGACCGAUUUACUUUGGAAACACACUGGCUGAAGUUUCCAAUCAAUGCAAAGUCACUGAGAGUCAAACCCAAAUCCUGGGUAUCGACUAUUUGCAUGAAAAUAAGAGUGUAUGGUUGCGCUGAGUAAAAGAGUUAGGUGACAACCAUGCAGCCGAGGAAGACAAACGUAUAUUAGCAUUAYUGAACGACAAAACAUAAAGAAUUAAUUGUUGUUUAAAUUAUAAUCAUUAAAAAAUAGAACACAAAACUACA